AUGACUAGAAAGAAAGUGACCCUAGCUUACAUUAAUAGCGUCUCUGAUCGGAAAGCCUCGUUCCGUAAGAGGAUGAAAGGGUUCCAGAACAAGGCCCGCGAAAUCGGGACGUUGUGCGACGUCCCGGUUUGUACCAUAGUGUACAGCGGUUACGAGCGCCGGGCUGAGGUGUACCCGUCCCGGGCCGAGGCCCAGCUGGUGCUGGCCCGAUUCAACGGCCUCCCGGAGGUCGACAGGAGCCGCAAGAUGGUGAGCCAAGAGACAUUCACCCAACAGCGGAUCGCGAGAGUGCGGGCCCAGCUGAGUCGUGUCCUGAGGGAGAAGAAGCGGCGGGAGCUGGAAGAGUUCGUGUACAGGUGCGUGGAGGAGAAGGCCAGGCUGGCGGACUUGGACCCUGCUGACGUGGACGAGAUGGAUAUUGUUAUGGACAAGGUCCUUAGGGACAUCGAGUCGAGGAAGGAGAGGAUCGCGACGAUGAGGAGGAGCAAUGUGGAGAAACCAGUAGAAAAAGAAGUAGAAAAAGAUCAAGAAGAUCUUCAUAGCUUCAUUUUGAGGAUUGCGGGCAGCCCAACCGGGCUGGAAGUGGCUCCGAGCCGGCCCCGGCUCGGCUGUGAGGACAUGUGGAGUUUGACCAAGGAGGGGCUCAGCAAUGAGGAGUUUUUAUUAUAA